UUAGCUUGAUAAAGUGGGGGCGUGGCCUGCCAUGGGGCGGGGAGACGCGGAAGCUGGUGGUAGCCCGAGCAGAAAAUCUGGGCUAGGCCCAGCCGGCGGUUCCAUCAUCUCAGUCCCUGUCCCCACCGAGCAACCCGUAGGCCAUGGACGCAGCAGAGCCGGCCAGCCGAGGUGCUGUGGACUGAAGGAGGCUUCGUGUACCCAUACAUGACCCCCGCUUUCAGGGCUUCCCCCGGCUCCUGAGAGCAGGAAGAGGUACAGUGACAUCUUUCGGAGCCUGGACAACCUUGAAAUUUCGCUGGGGAACGCGACCCUUGAGAUGCUGGCUGGAGACCCUAUACUUUCAGGAGACCCAGAGCCUGACAAGACCCUCACGGCCACUGUGACCAGUGAAACCAGCCAUUGGAGUGGCCCCUCCCCAGAGGGUCCUGCACCCCUUACAGGGGAGGAACUGGACUUGCGGCUCAUUCGGACCAAGGGUGGUGUGGACGCAGCCCUGGAGUAUGCCAAGACCUGGAGCCGCUAUGCGAAGGAGCUGCUAGCCUGGACCGAGAAGAGAGCCAGCCUUGAGCUAGAUUUUACCAAAAGCAUUAUGAAGAUCGCGGAGGCUGGCAAGGUGUCAAUCCACCAGCAGAGCCACAUGCCCCUGCAGUACAUCUACACCCUGUUUCUGGAGCACGACCUCAGCCUGGGAGCCCUGGCCAUGGAGACAGUGGCCCAGCAGAAAAGAGACUACUACCAGCCCCUGGCCGCCAAACGGACUGAGAUUGAGAAGUGGCGGAAGGAGUUCAAGGAGCAGUGGAUGAAAGAGCAGAAGCGGAUGAACGAAGCGGUGCAGGCACUGCGGAGAGCCCAGCUCCAUUACCUGCAUCGCAGCGAGGACCUGCAGGUGCGCGCCCAGGCAUCCUCGGAGGACCCAGCCCCCCAGGCCUCACCGGGACACAGCAAACAGCAAGAGCGGCGGCGGCGCUCCCGAGAGGAGGCCCAGGCCAAGGUGCAGGAGGCAGAGGCGUUGUACCAGGCCUGCGUCCGUGAGGCCAAUGCGAGGCAGCAGGACUUAGAGGCCACCAAACAGCGAAUCGUGUCACACAUACGCAAGCUGGUGCUGCAGGGGGACGAAGUGAUGAGGCGGGUGACUCUGGGACUGUUCCGGCUUCGAGGGGCGCAAGCAGAGCGUGGUCCCCGCGCCUUUACCGCCCUGGCCGAGUGCUGCGCGCCCUUCGAGCCUGGCCAGCGCUACCAGGAGUUCGUGCGGACACUGCAGCCAGAGGCCCCGCCACCCCCACCACCUGCCUUCUCUUUCCAGGAGUUUGUUCCUACCCCGCACAGCUCCCCUCUAGACACAAAGAAAAAGCUCUCCGGCCCCCCACCUCCUCGGUUGGAUGAGAGUGCAGCUGAGCCAGGCCCUGGGGAGGACACAGGCGCCGGCUGGCAGGGUGAGUGCAGUGAGGGUUGGGAGGAGUGGUGCUGGGGAGGGUCGUCCUCAUUGACCUCUUCCCUCCUAGGGACUCCGGGCCCCACUCCAGGCAGCGACGUGGACAGCGUGGGCGGUAGCAGCGAGUCUCGAUCCCUGGACUCUCCCACUUCCAGCCCAGGCCCUGGUACGAGGCGGCUGGUGAAGGUCUCAUCCACAGGCACUGAGUCUUCAGAUGACUUUGAGGAGCGAGACCCUGACCUGGGAGAUGGGCUUGAGAACGGGUCCGGCAGCCCCUUCAGGAAGUGGACGCUCUCCAACGCAGCCCAGACUCACCGGCUGCGGCGACUGAGGGGCCCAGCCAAGUGCCGCGAGUGUGAGGCCUUCAUGGUCAGCGGGACCGAAUGUGAGGAGUGCUUUCUGACCUGCCACAAGCGCUGCCUUGAGACUCUGCUGAUCCUCUGUGGACACAGGCGGCUCCCAGCCCGGACACCCCUCUUCGGGGUCAACUUCCUGCAGCUGCCCAGGGACUUCCCGGAGGAGGUGCCCUUUGUCGUCACCAAGUGCACGGCUGAGAUAGAACAGCGCGCUCUGGGUGUGCAGGGCAUUUAUCGGGUCAGCGGGUCCCGAAUCCGUGUAGAACGGCUGUGUCAGGCUUUCGAGAAUGGCCGAGCGUUGGUGGACCUGUCUGGGAACUCACCUCAUGAUGUCUCAACUGUGCUCAAGCGAUUCCUCCAGGAGCUCACUGACCCCGUGGUCCCCUCCCACUUCUACGAUGCCUUCAUCUCUCUGGCUAAAACCCUGCAUGCAAACCCCGGGCACGACUCUGAGACCCCAAGUCCCAGUCCUGAGGUUAUUCGCUUGCUGAAGACCCUCUUGGUGCAGCUGCCUGACUCUAACUACAACACCCUGCGGCAUCUGGUGGCUCAUCUGUUCAGGGUGGCUGCACAGUUUGAGGAAAACAAGAUGUCUGCCAACAACUUGGGCAUUGUGUUUGGACCCACGCUGCUGCGGCCACCGGACGAUCCUGGGGCAGCUGCCACCGGCUCUGUUACCUGCCUCCUGGACUUCGGGCACCAGGCCCAGCUUGUCGAGUUCCUCAUAGUGCACUAUGAGCAGAUCUUUGGGAUGGACGAGCUCCCCCUGGCCACUGAGCUCCCACCUCAAGACCCCAGCUCAGGCCCUGGGACCCUCACAACCUGCCCCCAGCCAGCACCCCCAUACCUUGCCCCAGAUCCCCUGCCCCCAACCUUACCCUCAGAUUCAGACCCAGACCCUGAGCCCCACAGUGCCCUGGAGAAGCAGCCCGAGGUCAUGCCCUCUGAGAUUCUAACUCCACAGAGUGACCAGAGAGAGGAAGUGGCCCAAGACACCAAAGAGGAGAGAGGGGAAGUGUCCAGCCAAGGCCCCGAGGACUCACUCCUGGGGACACAGUCCCGUGGCUACUUCAGCCGCCAGCCAGUGAAGUAUCACCGGGGAGGCGUGCGGCCUGUCACCCACCAGCUGUCCAGCCUGGCCCUGGUGGCUUUCAAAAUUGACGAGGAGACUCCUGUCACAUCAGGGCCUCAAGGGAGCUUGCGGGGGAGGGGACCGGGCCCUGCUGCAGCCUCCCCUGAGGGCAAUCCACCACGCCGCACCCCACUGCCCAAGCACUUUGAGAUCACCCAGGAGACAGCUCGGCUGCUCUCCAAGCUGCACAGAGAGGAGGUGCCCACGGCCACCUGCUGCCCGGACCUUCCGCCUGAGGAUGAGGAAGUCGAGCGUCUCUGACCAGCUCAGCCCUCUGACCAAGUGGCCCAGGACUGAGGACAUAGACUCACUUCUCCCCAGGAGUUCAAUGUUGGGGGAUCAGGAGAGUUCCUAUAAGGAAAAACUACAGGCCUGGGGGAAGACUAAAACCCUUUUGGGGACAGUGUACCAGGAUCCCCCCACGAGACACGGGUUACUGCCAAGCAUCAGGGCCACUCAGGUUCAGAGGUCACUCAGGGUCAAUACUCAGGUCCAAUACAGGUCACAGGAUCCUUGGGGUCCGCCCUAGUCUCUGACCCCUUGGACAGGGGUACCGUUGGCUACUUUGGUCGUGGCCACUUCCCCACCUCAGCCCACCUCCUUCGCUGACCCCAAGUGACCUGCUUCUGGAGUGGGGGGAGUGACAGCCAGAUACAUCCCGGCCGGCCGGUCGGUCGGUCGGUCGGUCGUGCCUGGGGUCUGACGGCCCCUGAAUAAACUGUGUCCUUAUG